UGAGUGUCUGAGACGCACACAUGAGAGCAGAUGCCAGCGGACGCGUCUGCCUCCAACCCUUUUACUUGCACUGCAUUUGCCUUCGCGUUAUUGUUUCCAAAUCUGCGGGGUUGAUGUGUUUCAACGCAAAUUGUAGAUUUAAGACCAGUCAUUUCUUCACUUUUAUAUUCCACUCGAGCUGCACUGCACCGGAUGUCGGCAUAGGCGCGCGCUUGCAAGUAUAAUCAUCUUAGAACUAGCGACAUGGACACCGUCAUUCACUUUAUGAAUGACUCUGCAGAGUUUUAUAAAUGGAGCCUUACCAUAGCAGAUAAGCGUGUGGAGAAAUGGCCGCUGAUGUCAACCCCGCUCCCGACCCUUGGGAUCAGCGCUCUCUAUCUGCUCUUCCUCUGGCUCGGGCCGCUCUAUAUGCGUAACCGGGAGCCCUUUCAGCUGAGAAAAACCCUCAUUGUGUAUAAUUUCAGCAUGGUGCUGCUUAACUUCUACAUCUUAAAAGAGCUGCUCUUGGGAUCCAUAGCGGCCGGAUACAGCUACCUCUGCCAACCUGUCAACUAUUCCAAUGAUGUUAAUGAAGUCAGGAUAGCGUCGGCCCUGUGGUGGUACUACAUCUCUAAGGGGGUGGAGUUUCUGGACACAGUGUUCUUUAUCAUGAGGAAGAAGUUUAAUCAGGUCAGCUUCCUUCACGUCUAUCAUCACUGCACCAUGUUCAUCUUGUGGUGGAUCGGCAUCAAGUGGGUUCCUGGUGGCCAAUCGUUUUUUGGUGCUACAAUAAACUCAGGUAUUCAUGUGCUGAUGUACGGUUACUACGGCCUGGCGGCGUUCGGCCCGAAGAUCCAGAAGUACCUGUGGUGGAAAAAAUACCUCACCAUCAUUCAGAUGAUCCAGUUUCACGUCACCAUCAGCCACGCGGGUCAUUCUCUCUACACGGGCUGCCCAUUCCCGGCUUGGAUGCAGUGGGCUCUGAUUGGCUACGCCGUCACUUUCAUCAUCCUGUUUGCCAAUUUCUACUAUCAGACCUAUAGGCGGCAACCGCGCCUCAAAUCAGCUAAAUCUGCAGUCAAUGGUGUCUCCACGCCAACCAACGGGACCUGCAAAGCACCCGGGGUCACAGAAAAUGGAAAGAAACCCAAAAACGGAAGAGCAAAGAGCGAAUAAAAGAAAGGAUGACUACUGAGAUAAAUACUUGCAAAGUGAAACGUUGGGUUCAACAUGCCCAUCUCAAGAACUACAGAUGGUUUUUGGUCGAGUCAGACUAUGUUUAUUGGAUUGUAUGGGAAUGUCGACGAUGAGAUAUUUCAAACUAGAGACAUUUUUAAGAUUCUCUAAGCGGCAGGGGAAUAUAUUCAGUUCGCAUUGCAUUUGUUUUAUCACAUAACUGCUUUUUCACAUACUGUAUGCAGAAGCGUAGCCUACUUAACUUUACUUUCUUAAUAGUAAGGAUUUUUUUUCUGGUACUCGCCGAUACCAAUGCAAAUUUCACAUUAAAUUUCAGUCUGUUCUGUCUCAGGAGGUAUCGGUGACUUUUUACGAGUACAUGUACUUAGUAUCGAGCCCGAUUUUGAUAUCAGUGCAUCCCUACUUAUUAGUCUUGUUCAAUAUGCAGUUGUGGAAGGAUUGUUCUUCCUUUUGUUUUCACGACCAACAACUUUCUUGACUUUCCUGAAUCAGCCGAGCCCCUUAACAACAACACAAAAGUCACAUGCAGAUAUAAAGUUAUGCUGUUAUUGUCUGUGUUUGAUCCACAUGUAAAUUACAGAACCCAAAAUAUAUCAAACGCAAACAAACAGACCUUUGCGGCUCAAAGUUUGUCUUUCUCAAUCUUACCCUCACACAAACCUGUGGACAUUAAAAGAAAAAAACAAUUAUUUUGUCGUUUCGUUAAAUUUGCAAAACCUGAGGACCAGAUGAAAAUUUAUCGGACAUCUUUGAAUAUAUUGGACCUUUCAAACACAGCCAUAUCUUCACACACACUUCUUGUUUACUUAAUGUGUAUAAUGUCAGGUAUGUGUUCGCUAUUGCUUUGUGCAUGCACGUUUUUUAAUGAUGUGUAUACUGUAUGUGCAAACUCUGCAAAGUCAUAUUGCAUUAUAGUUUUAUGAAAUACUCAUUUCAGUUUUUGACUAUCUCCAAAACCUCCAAAAUCUUGUGAUUGAAAAACCAGAAGAUGGCUCACAAAGCCUCUCUGCUCUCAGCUGUUGUUGCUGUGUAUUGUCUAUAUCCAUACGCAUACAUUUAAACAGGAUGUAUUUGAUAUCUCAUGCUCAGUAGAUGCACUUGUGAUUUUGUCAUCACGUGUCCAACGACAUCUGUGUUCCUCUCAUAUUAAAUCAUUAAACCCAUUAAUACAGAACUAAAUUAAAUAAAAGCAAUGUCAAACCUC